AUGAUCACCGGACACCGGAGGCAAAGAGCAACGGCGAAAGAGUGCAAAUAUUUUCCUGAAGAAUGUUGGGAACUAAUAUUCAAUCGUCUACUACUCCAUUUGUCUGUAAUACAUCACGGUACAUUAUCUAAACUCAUUCACCGAUUUCCUCAUCUUAAUUCCAUUGAUAUUAGCAAUUUCGAUGGUGAUCUUGAGCUUAUUCUCUUUGAUAUUGCCAAGUAUGUACCCAAUCUAGUACGACUUGACUUGUCUAAACACAGUUUUUUACCCAUAGAGGGGUUGAAGGAAUUGGGGCGUAAAUUAAAGGGUUUGAAAUGCAGAAAUCUCACAUCAAUUAGAGACUCUUGUUUGUAUGUUAUAGCAGAGUCGUUUCAGUUUUUGGAAGAGCUAGACAUUAGGUAUCCAAGAAACCCUAGUUUUCUAAAUCGUCACGAAUUGUUUGUGACUGAUUCUGGGAUUGAGGUUUUAUCUGUUAAUUUGAGUAAGAUUAAUGUUUCUGGGAAUUCAGGGAUUAGUGAUCGGUCAGUGGUUGCUCUGUAUAGGAAUUGUUUGAAUUUACAAUGCAUUAGGGCGGAAGAUACUUUGAAAGGGAUCUUUUCUAUAGAGCGUGCUUGUGCUGCUUUGAGUUCGAUUUCAGUGUCCAAUAUUCCAAACAUUGGAUGCUUUAAAGACACUGGAAGUUUCUGA